AUGCUAGCUUACAAUCCAGAAUCGAAACGUCAAUCAAGUCUAUUACCACAUCAUUCACAACAUCCUCAACAAUCACAACAAUCACAACAAUCACAACAUCCACAACAUCCACAACAACCACAACAUCCACAACAACCACAACAAGCUUCUUAUAAUCAGCAAUAUCAACAAUCUCAACCUUGGAUUCCAUCACCAAUACCACUCACAUCACAUUUUACAUCUGCCACGAACGGUACCAGUCUUUCCAAUUCCAAUAAUAUUAACUUCAAUUUUGGAGCCGAUCAAAUUCUCUUUGACUUUCAACCACAACAAUUUCCCUCAAAUCAACAACAAGUUCAGUCACGACCUCUCAUGCAGUCUGUGCAAUCAAAUGGUAGCUGGAUGCCUAACGGACAACUUACGCCUACUUCGACUACGAGACCAUAUCACCAUCGAGAGUCUUCGUUAUCGUCUCUCGGAUCUCCGGCUGCUCCUGCCUCUCCCUUCGCACCGUCAACAUCAAAUCCUCAAGUGGUUGGCGAUUCAUAUCAUGACUUUCAUGACUAUCAUCAAACCGCCCCGAAGCCCUUGACUCCUGCGCAUACACCUAUUCAGGAGACUUUUCUCUCGUCUCAUCAUCCAAAUUAUCAUCAAAAUCAGAACAGUCUGACCUUCACGAUGACCAACGAUGGAUUACCAAGAUCAUUGGGUGUCAGCAAUGGGCUGAUGUCGGUACCAGAGUAUCACAGCCAAGGGUCGAGUAGGCCAUCAAUAACCACGGUGGCAAGUAAUGACUCACUUUCGACGCCACCAUUUCAUGAAGAUGAAAGGCAACAGUCUGGUAUGACUUCUAGUGUGGACUCUUGGUUGAACCAAUACUCACCUCGAUCCGAUCUCAAAGAUCACAGAAUUUCCUCACAUCAAAUGCCUAAACUCGAUCGCACGAUGACGGAUGCCUAUGAUGAUGAGCUGUUUAGCCCUAGCUAUCCCAUAAUUUCGGCCCCCUCUCCAGCUCCUGCCUCGACUCAGACAUCCGCGGCACCCGCCAAUGAUGUUUUCGCACAAAGACUACAAGCCGCAGCUGCCAACCAUCAACACCUGAAUGUAAACCAGCAAAAGUCAUCAAUCCUAUCUCCUCGAAAUCGAUCGCCUUUCCAACCCGGCUCUCCAUUGGCCCCUUCUACCGCCGCUUUCAAUCCACACAAUAUGAGUUUUGUAACUGCGACAAGUAUGCGAGAACAGCAGAAAGCAAAGGAUGCUGAGUUGGCCAUACAAGAACAAUUUGAGAGGACUAAUCCGGAACAAGUCACGCCAAAGACGAUCUCACCCAAAGAUGUUAAUUUGGUGUAUCACGAAAGUGAGGAGGAUGCAAAAAACCCAUUGUUUCCACCACCACGGCGAAACGGACAAUCGCCAGUGCCUUAUCGCCAGCAACCCCUGAUUGCUCAAGAGCCAUCUGAGCCGGAGGAAAUGUCAUUAUCACAACAAAGUUAUGGUAGUAUGGCUACAACGCGACGAGAAAGCUCAUCGGCAUAUUCUACAAACUCACACGCCACACCAAAACAAGGCCAAUUUAAUUUCGCAACUCCCGCGAUGCAAGGCAAUGUUCGACAAGUACCUCACCAAUAUCCAUUUGUUGCUGCACCGCGACGACAGCUGAGCCAUACGUCUAACAUGUCGAAUUUGUCGAAUAUGUCUAAUAUGUCAAAUGACUUCCCUGCAACGCUGAGAUCAAUGGAAUCGAGCAGCAGCGAUUUCUCACCUGAAGCAGAAGAGAUAGUACGGAGACCAUCGAAUACAUCAGCUGACAGCGGAACUUACACAUGUACAUAUCACGGGUGUACACUACGAUUUGAGACACCAGCCAAACUUCAAAAACACAAAAGGGAAGGACAUCGUAAUUCGACAUCAGUCAUCAGCAAUUUGAUAAGUGGGAAUGGAAGUGGAAGUGGGGAAAGUACCGAUGGAAUGACAUCAACGGCGCAAAAGUUAAAUAGUCAAAGCGGACCCCACAAAUGCGAACGGAUUAACCCAUCAACGGGUAAAGCUUGUAAUACCAUAUUCUCUCGACCAUAUGAUCUUACACGACAUGAAGAUACCAUUCAUAAUUCAGGAAAGCAAAAGUUACGAUGUAAAUAUUGUACGGAAGAAAAGACAUUUAGUCGAAAUGAUGCUCUUACACGACACUUGAGAGUUGUACAUCCGGAAAUACAAGGAAUUACUGGAAAAGGAAGAAGAAGAGGAGGAGGAGGAGGAUUGGGGAUGGGACUUGGUAUGGAUUAA